AUGGUGCUGCCGGGGCCCUCCGCCGCCGCGGAAGAGCGGCAGAGAAAGCUCCAGGAGUACCUAGCAGCCAAGGGAAAACUGAAGUGCCAAAACACCAAGCCGUAUCUAAAAGCCAAGAAUAAUUGCCCGAAUCCACCACCUUCUAACUCUACUGUUAGACCUAAAAAGGAUGUUACCAACCAUGUUGCUUUGCCUGUCAAAGCUACAAGACCCGUCAGCAUUAAACAUCAGUCCAGACCUGCCAGUAUCACAGGGUCCCAGAGGCCAAAGUUGGAGCCACCAAAACUUCUGGGCAAAAAAAGGCUCACUUCAGAAUAUGUUUCUUCUAACCCAAACUGUAAGCUUUCCGGAAGUAGUCAACAACAGCAUGAAUUUGGAUCAUCCACUACUGGAGAACUGUCAAGAAAAACCAUGGGGUCACUUAAUAUACAGGAAUUGAAAACUAAAAAGCAGCAGGUAACACAACAAGGAACUGCUAAAUGUACAGACUCUGUGGACAAUACCCAUGUUGAAAAUGAAUCCUUGGGUAGCUGCCUAAAAGAGAUGAAUAAAGAGAACUUGCCCCAAAUCUUUCCAGACUCUGAGAGGAAGCCAAAUCCUGAAUUAGGCACCGUAAGUAAGCCAAAAACUAAUCAAACCAAAAGCAGUAUGGCUCCUACUAAAGAAGUCUUGGGCAAAAGGUCAGUGAAUAGUGCUGUUCUGAAAGACAGAGUUAAUAAACAAUUUCUUGAAGAAAAACAAAUCAGGAUUCCACCAGAGAAGUCUCAGCAACUCUCUAGAGGAACAGAUCUUGCAAGACCAGGGGGAAAACCCCCCAAAACAGUUUCCUCUCACUUUGUCCAGACACUUAACAGGACUCAAGCAUCAAGGAAAACAGUGGUUAAGGACAUAAAGAAUAUAAAGGUUAAUAGGGGUAAGUAUGAAAGACCAAAUGAAACUAAGUUGCAGUCAUGCACUGUUACUGAACAGAAAGUAAAACAUAGCAAACCCAGCACAUACCCCAAAGUGCUUCAAAGAGGAUGUAACAGCAGACAUCCAAACACAAAGCAAGAUCAUAAACCCACGCAAGCUUGUUGUAGACGUCGGACAUCAUAUGUACUGCAAAAAUCAAAAGCCAUAAGCCAAAGGCCUAAUUUGACAGUUGGCAGCUUUAACUCAGUCAUUCCAAGCACCCCUAGCAUAAGAGCAAAUGGAGCCAAAGGGAAUAAAUGCAACAACAGCCAUCAACAAAAAACACGGACUUUGGACUCCAAGUUGAAAAGGGCUCUUGCCCAGAACUGUUUUCUAAACAAGACAGCUCCCAGAACUCAAGCUGGUGGCACAACCGUAAAUGGAAGAGGACUCCCAAAUGGGACCCAUACUAAUCCAAAUAAGAAGACCACAGCAGAGGAUCGAAGGAAACAGUUGGAAGAAUGGCAGAAAUCUAAGGGGAAGAUCUAUAAACGGCCUCCUAUGGAACUUAAAACAAAAAGAAAAAUAAUAGAGGAAAUGAAUAUUUCAUUCUGGAAGAGUAUGGAAAAAGAAGAGGAAGAAAAGAAAGCACAACUUGAACUAUCCAGUAAAAUUAACAACACUCUGACAGAAUGUCUGCAGCUCAUUGAAGGGGGUGUACAUUCUAAUGAAAUAUUUGCCAUUUUGUCCAGUAUUCCUGAGGCUGAAAAAUUUGCUAAAUUCUGGAUCUGCAAAGCAAAGUUGUUGGCAAGUAAAGGCACCUUUGAUGUUAUUGGGCUAUAUGAAGAGGCCAUCAGAAAUGGGGCCAGACCAAUACAAGAGUUGCGGGAAGUUGUCCUUAAUAUUUUGCAAGACCCAGACAGAACCACAGAAGGAAUUACCUCUGACUCUUUAGCUCCUGAAACUAAUAUAACAUCAAUAGAAAUGCUGGCCAAGAAGAUGGAGUCUGGGAUGUCUUGUCUUUCUCCAAAAGAGAGGGAACAGGUUUCAGCAACACCCCAAAUAACCAAGUCAGAACAGGAUAAUCAUCCUGGUAUCAAAUUACAGAUCGCCCCAAUCCCUAGAAUAAACGGAAUGCCAGAAGUGCAAGACGUGAAGCUUAUCACUCCUGUGCGGCGUUCAGCCAGGAUCGAGCGAGCAGUGUCCCGCUACCCGGAAAUGCUGCAGGAACAUGACCUAGUGGUGGCUUCUCUCAACGAACUGUUAGAAGUGGAAGAGACAGAGUGUUUUAUAUUCCGCAAAAAUGAGGCUUUGCCAGUAACAUUAGGAUUUCAAGUCCUUGAGUCGUAA